UCCCGGGACCCCGCCGCCUGCCAGACCGCCCUCCCCGCCCGCCGCCGCCGCGACAUGGCCGCCGGCCGCCUCCCACUGCCCGCGCUGCUGCUGCCGCUGGCCUGCGCGGCCCUGGCCCCGCGCACCCUCACAGAGAAGCAGCGCGCCUGCCUGCUGCCCCCCGACGACGGCCCCUGCCGCGCCAUGGUGCCGCGCUGGUACUACGACAGGUACACGCAGAGCUGCCAGGAGUUCACCUACGGGGGCUGCCUGGGCAACGCCAACAACUUCCUCACCCUCGACGACUGCGAGAAGAGGUGCUGGACCAUCAAGAAAGUGCCUAAAUUAUGCCGGAUGGAGGCUGACGGGGGACCUUGCAGAAGUCAUCUCAGAAGAUAUGCCUUUAACUUGAGCUCGAUGAGGUGUGAGGAGUUCAUCUAUGGUGGCUGUUAUGGAAACGACAACAACUUCAGAGACGUGCAGUCUUGUGUGGACCACUGUCUGCCAGAGAAAACUGGUCCCUUUUUAUGCUAUAGCCCAAAGGAUGAAGGAUUGUGUUCUUCUUCCGUGACUCGCUAUUACUAUGACCCCAAGAGCAAAACAUGUAAGGACUUCAAAUAUACCGGCUGUGGUGGAAAUGCCAAUAACUUUGUUACUGAAACAGAUUGCUACAAUGUCUGUAGAAAAGCAGGGAGUCAGAAACCAAGAAUCAACAAGCCAACAAAUCUGCCCCGCAGAAAAAUGAUAAGGAAACUGAUUAAAAAACCUCAGACAUAUAACCUGAAGUCUUAAAUGUGGUGUGCAUACGGAUGUUUAAAACACCUUCUUUUGAAUUAACUUUCCUCUUUUGUAAUACAGCUUUCACAUGGUUUUAUCGACAAAUACAUCAACAAGUAGUUCUGUCUUUCAGAACUGCUUUUUUUCCAACUUACUUUUUAGAAAGAAGAACUGCAUUUAAUAGAAGAAGAAUGAACUUAAAUUUCAUUCUCCUGCUUUGUUGUAUUUGCAGUAAUACUUUGGUAAAAACCAAAUAUUUAGAUUUCCAUGUUUUUUAUGGGGGAAUGUUACUACUGCCUUGGGAGAAUAUUCCAGCUGUUAUGAAUCAAUUAAGACUUGUAAAAUCUAUAGUCUCUUAGUAUAACUAAGAAGAGUACAAUGCAAGGUCCCUGCCAUGGAUUUUUUUGGCAUUUUCUGCUUGCUAAAGAAAUGGAAUCUUCCAAAGGUGUGCGCAGAGGUUUGUAGCUCUGCCAUUAAACGUACUUUGGCGCUAUCAUAUAGGUAGACUAUUCUUUAUAGUCAUGUUUAUAGUCAAGGCUUUCAGAAGCCUUCAUGAAAGAAGUAUAAGCUUAAAUCUUUCUCAUUCUAGAAAAGGAAAUUGGGAAUAGGGAUGCUUCGACAAAUACUCUGAAGAAGACAAUCAAUCAGCUACUCAACUAUUAAAAUGUAAAUGUAGGCAUUAGUUUUUCAUGACACCUGAAAUCUCCACAAAACUAUACUCCAGAUCCUCACCCGGCAAAAUUCAGCAAAUUUCUGUUGAUUUCAAUGGAACAACAGUGAUGUACAUCUGCUGAGGAUCUUGAUAUUCAUGUUUAUGAGGGGCUGUUACAGAAGAACAGCCAAAAAGCAUAAGCUUCUGCAAAUCUUAUGUAACCCCUCUUUUGAGGCAUUAUUCUAUUUCUUGUGUUAGAUUGUGCCUCCAGUGACAAUAUUGCACCUUCUUUUAUGUUUUCUAUUUGAGCCAUGUUUGAGUCCCAAUUAUUUUUACCUACAAUGUUUUCUACUAUGAAUUCAUAAUAAAUGUUAAUAAAAUGUUUUUGGGAAAAAAUA